GUAGAAGUUUCUAGAAUUAUUGAAUUGAUUAGUCUUUUGCAGUUCGUUUUCGUUCCAUUGAUCUUCUAGAUUCUGGAUUUUCUAUAGAUAUUUCAUAGAAAAUCCCCUACAGAUAUUUCCAAAUCGUAAAUUCUUGAACCUGCGUUUUACCUGACCAAUUCUCACUGUUUUAGCCGUGAAGUAUCUUCUAGUAUUCAUCAACCUUAGAACUAUUUGAAGAGCUAUCAGCAUGGUGAAGGAAACAAAAUUUUAUGACAUUUUGGGCGUCAAACCUGGUUGUUCCCAAGAUGAUUUGAAAAAAGCAUACAGAAAACUAGCUCUGAAAUAUCAUCCUGAUAAAAAUCCAAAUGAAGGAGAGAAGUUCAAACAAAUAUCCCAGGCGUAUGAGGUCCUUUCUGACCCUGAGAAGAAGAAAAUCUAUGACCAAGGUGGAGAACAAGCCCUCAAAGAGGGUGGCAGCGGCGGCGGCUUUUCCAGCCCUAUGGACUUGUUUGACAUGUUCUUUAGCGGCGGAUUCGGAGGCCCGAGAGGUGGUGGUAGAAGAGAACGUAGGGGUAAAGAUGUUGUUCAUCAGUUGACUGUGACCUUGGAGGAACUAUACAAAGGAGCAGUAAGGAAAUUGGCACUUCAGAAGAAUGUUAUUUGUGAUAAAUGCGAGGGUAGAGGAGGAAAAAAAGGUGCUGUAGAGCAAUGUCCGACUUGUAGGGGAAGUGGAAUGCAGGUUCAAGUUAGACAACUAGGACCAGGUAUGCUGCAGCAAAUCCAGACUGUCUGUCCAGAUUGUCGUGGUCAGGGUGAAAGGAUCAACCCAAAAGAUAGGUGCAAGCAGUGUCAAGGUAAGAAGGUGAUUCGUGACCGUAAGGUGCUGGAGGUACACAUUGACAAAGGUAUGACAGAUGGCCAAAAAAUCAUCUUCAAUGGAGAGGGUGAUCAGGAACCUGAACUGGAACCUGGAGACAUUAUCAUAGUGCUGGAUGAAAAGGAGCACCCAGUGUACAAGAGAUCUGGGAAUGAUUUGAUCCUCAGGAUGGAGAUUCAGCUUGUAGAGGCACUCUGUGGAUUUCAGAAGGCCAUCAAGACCCUAGAUGACAGAGACUUGGUGAUUACUGCCAUGCCUGGUGAGGUUAUCAAGCAUGGGGAUGUCAAAUGCAUUCUCAGUGAAGGAAUGCCCCAGUACAAGAACCCCUUCGAAAAAGGCCGUCUCAUCGUCCAGUUCUGGGUCCAGUUCCCCAAGACCUUGCCCCCGGAAAUAAUCCCUGCUCUAGAGAAUGCUCUGCCACCUCGCCAAGAGUGCAUGAUUCCGGAUACGGCCGAAGAGGUAACGUUAGUGGAAUUCGAUCCUGAGAAGGAGGCCCGCAAGAGGCAGCACAGACAAGCCUACGAGGAGGAUGACGAGAUGCAAGGCUCUGGACAAAGGGUGCAAUGCGCCACUAAUUGAAAAAACAUCUGGGACAUGAACGGAACAUUUCUGCUAGUACCUAUUGUUGCAAAUAAUAAAAUAUCAAAUUUUUGUUAGGUAGGUUAAUUGAGUAAGUGCAGGAAAUUGUGUUUUCAACAAUAAUUACCUGCAUAAGGAGGCAAAUUUUUCGUAAUAUAUAUUUAAUUAUUGUAAUUUACAGAGCUAUCACUAGAAUGACUAGCACUAGUGUUGAUUUUCUCCAAAAUGUAUUCCCAAAUAUUUUAUCAAAAUCAGCUGAUUCCUAUUCUGUUGGUAUUUUGCUUAUUAUUCUAAUAUACCAGAUUUGC